AUGCAAAAAGAAUCCGAAUCACUUGAAACUUGGCAUAGGUACAAGGCCAGAAUCGGCCGCAUAUCCUACGAUUUCCAAGUGGUUCUCGAAGUGGUACCAGAACCAUCUCAUUAUCCAAGAGAUCCCAAUGGUUUGGCACCACAUUUUAGUGUGGAUAGACUUGCCCUGGUCGGUUGCUAUGAGGAUGGUGCCUGGUCAUCAGCCUGCACGGCGAAUGCAACCAGAUGUACAGUUCAGGGGAAAUCCAUAUGCAUCAGUGUUUCCAGAAUUUGUGACAUCACUAUUGAUUGUGAUAAUGGAGAGGAUGAACUACAAGAUUGCGACAAAAUCCCUUUCGGAGGUCGUUGCGACUUCGAAUCAGGCUGGUGCGGUUGGCGCAAUGCUGAACCUGGCAGGGCCGUACUCAGGUGGUCUAGGCAUAAGGGACGAACUCCGACAGAUGGUACGGGCCCUGAUGAAGAUCAUACUCAUCAAUUUUCAAACGUCUCAGGACAAUAUCUAUAUGUCAACAUGAACCAGACCGGUGGAAAAUUCGCGAGUAACGCGGUUUUGAAUAGCGUCGUCUUUAACGCUCCUCCUAGGGUCCAUGGUGAUCCUAGUUCUAAAUAUUACAAUUCUUGUAUGAUUCGAUUUUUCCAUCACCAAUAUUGGAUAAGUUCGAGUAGCAACGUAGUUGGCAGCAUCCAGUUAUUUUUAGUGGAAUUAAAACAGAAGGAAAACGUGACUACUUCUCUUUGGUGGAAUUCCAAAAAUAAAGGCAAGGAAUGGAGCAGGGCUGACAUCACUUUGCCAAAUGUCACCACAAGGUAUUUCCUACAAUUUGAAGGACGUAUGGGUCUCCGAAUUUUCACAGACGUUGCCAUAGAUGAUUUUUCAAUGUCUCCAGAAUGUUUUGGUCUAAACAUUCCUGCAUCAGAAUUAGAUGGAUACAACUACUAUGAUCCAAGGAUUACUUCUCCAACUGUUCAUCCAGAUUUUGUUGACAAAUCAUAUUAUGCUCUAACAACUUGUAACAGUGAAGGUCCAUUUGGCCCUACGCCUUUGGAUUGUGAAAAUGCUUAUAAAAACAAAACAAAAAGUUCUGUUUCUGUGAUGGUAGGAGCACCUUAUGAAGGGAUGCAAGUUUGGACAGUGCCAAAUCAGGGAAUAUACACAAUAAUAGCAAAAGGUGCAGGAGGUGGCCGUGGUUCUGAUGGUUUCGGAUCGUCCAGGGGUGCAUCAGCUCGUAUAGUUUUAGAACUUUUCAAAGGAGAAAAAAUAUACGUUCUGGUGGGCCAGGAAGGUGCCAGCGCCUGCUAUAAGUCUGUUAGUGGAAGAGGCAACUCAUCCUGUCCAGCAGACAAACCAGCAAAUGCCAGUACACAAUACAGGAGCAAAACCCAUGAAAUCAGGAACACAAUUAUUCAGGACGGAGGUGGAGGUGGCGGUGGUGCAUCCUAUGUUUUUCUGUUGAAUGCUGAAAACCAGGCGAUUCCUCUAGUAAUCGGUGCAGGUGGUGGCGGUUUAGGUUUUGGUAGAUUCGAAAAUGAUGAAACUCAACAUGGACAUGGACCUGAUUCUGCAAGACCUCCAACUGAUGGAGAAUACUAUGAUUUGCCUACCAUCAGCGCCGGGCCAGGUGGAGGUUGGGCGCCUCGGGGUACCGCCAUUUCUGGAGGUCUGGCGGACCAUGGUUUAUCGGCGGUAUCAGGCCGAUCUCUGACUGGUGGUGGAGGAGUUGGCGGCAGACCUUGUGGUGGUGCCGAAAAAGGCGGUCGAUUUGGCGAAGGUGGUUUUGGAGGCGGCGGAGGUGGCUGCACUAAGGGCGGCGGUGGCGGCGGCUACAGUGGGGGUAAUACGUCCUCUGAUUCCAAAAAUGGUGAAGGCGGUUAUUCCUAUGUAACCUCAGAAAGAGGUUUACCAGAAUUGGCUAAUGUGACAUCAGCAGCUAAUAGUGGUCCUGGUGAAGUCAUAAUCAUACCAGCAAUUCAGGGUUGUGGUUGCGACUACCGAUGCGUUUCCUUAGACGAAUUUAGGGCCGAUGUCAGGUGCAUUUGUCCUCAAGGAUGGGCUGUUAAAACUGAAGAUGGAGCUUGUGAAGUGUAUUCUGAGAUAGAUGGAGUCUCAAUUUACACUUUGAUAGUUUUUGCUGUUGUGGUCGUAAUGCUUGUGAUUGCCCUGACACUUCUUUUCCUGAUGUUAUAUAAUCGUUACCAGCACCAGAAGCAAGUGGCACUUCGUCACAAGGCAAUUUUGGAGAACGACAUGUCCCUAAAUCGUCUUCAGGCCACCACUGAUGAAUCAGCUUUGACUAAUUUUAACCCAAACUACGGUUGUGAUGGACUUCUGAAUGGAACCGUAGACGUUAAAAGUUUGCCCCAAGUCCAGAGGGAAAGUUUGAGACUGGUCAAGGCUUUGGGUCAAGGUGCAUUCGGUGAGGUCUACCAGGGACUCUACAGGCAUAGAGACCAGGAUGCAGUCGAGAUGCCAGUGGCAGUCAAAACCCUGCCUGAUAUGUCUACUGGACAGGCCGAAAGCGAUUUCUUGAUGGAAGCUGCCAUCAUGGCCAAAUUUAAUCAUCCCAAUAUUGUGCAUCUGAUAGGAGUUUGUUUUGAUAAACAUCCCAGAUUCAUCGUCUUGGAAUUACUUGCUGGCGGAGAUUUGAAGAAUUUUCUAAGGGAAAGCAGACCAAAACCAGAUAAACCCUCAACUUUAACCACCAAAGAUUUGAUGUUCUGCGUCCUGGACAUAGCAAAAGGUUGCAGAUUUCUGGAAAGCAGGAGGUUUAUUCAUCGUGAUAUCGCAGCCAGAAAUUGCUUGUUGACUGCCAAAGGACCAGGACGAGUCGUCAAAAUUGCUGAUUUUGGCAUGGCCAGAGAUAUCUACAGGUCGGAUUAUUACAGGAAAGGAGGCAAAGCCUUGCUUCCCAUAAAAUGGAUGCCUCCUGAAGCUUUUAUAGAUGCCUUGUUUACAACAAAAUCUGAUGUUUGGUCUUUUGGAGUCGUUCUUUGGGAGAUUUUCAGUCUAGGCAUAAUGCCUUAUACAGGAUGCACAAAUACUGAUGUCAUGCAAUUAGUUGCAAAUGGUGGUCGUCUGGAUACACCUCCAGGAUGUCCACCAGCCAUUUACAGUAUUAUGUGCGAUUGCUGGGAUCCAACUCCUGAAAACAGGCCAACAUUUGGUCAACUCUUUGAAAGACUGACAAUAUGCACUCAAGAUCCCGAAAUCAUGAAUGCGCCCCUGCCGAGUUUCAUGCGACUGCCAUCGAAUAGUGAAAGGGAUUCUUCCAAUUCAAAUCAACGAAUCCAAAACAGUGAUGAU